UUGCGUAAACAGUGGGCGAAGAUGGCGUCGGGAAGGAAAUCAGGGAACGGUAGCCUCGAAAAAGGUGUAAAUGGCAGACGCUCAUCUAAACACAAAGAGGGUCCGAUAGUGAUGGACACCAAGGCGGUGUUUGCGGCCCUGUACAGCGUGUGUGAGGAGAAUGCCUCCUUCUUCUCCGGGGGCUCCAAGGGGCCCCAGGGGGAGGCGGCGCGGCGCCUGGUCGACGCCACCACGCUCAUCCAGGAGCACGCCCGCAGCCUGGAGCCCGUGGUCUCCGGGUUCGCCUCCAUCUACCACCACUUUGACUUCGACCCUCACAUACCUGCCAACGGGUACCGCUCACUUGUCAAGGUGGUGAAGUGCUGCAUCCUCCACAUCAUCCAGAAGGGGCGCUACAUCACCGCCAACCGGCGCAGCAUCUUCUUCCGGGCGGCGCACAACGCGGGCGAGAUGGAGGCGUACUGCAGCGCCCUGUGCCAGCUGCGCGCCCUGCUCUACCUGGCGCAGCGCCUGCUGCACGACAACAGCCACGGCAACCUGUUCUUCCAGGAGGAGAGUGGCCUGAGCCAGAGCUUCGUGCGGGAGUACGCCUCCAUGCACAAGGGCUGCUUCUACGGCCGAUGCAUCGGCUUCCAGUUCACCCCUGCCAUCCGCCCCUGCCUGCAGACCAUCGCCAUUGGCCUGGUGGCCUUCGGAGAGAACUACAAACGCCACCAGUCUGGGAUAGUGGAUGCUCGAGUUGUUGCGCCGUACGGCGUGGCGGCCGGCUCCUUCUUCACCUCGGGUAAAUACGCCAUCGACCCGGAGCUGCGAGGCGCAGAGUUUGAGCGCAUCACUCAGAACCUGGACAUCAGUUUCUGGAAGGCCUUCUGGAACAUCACGGAGACCGAGGUGCUGUCGAGUCUGGCCAGUAUGACGUCCACGCAGGUGAAGGUGAACCGCGCCCUCUCCGUGCCCCCUGUACCCUUUGACCUGCCCCUGGUGGCAGACCCCAAAUCCAGCGUCACCAUAGCGGCGCCAUCAUCCCACACCGGGCCGGGACCCGUCCAGAUGAGGCUCAUCUCCCACGAGCUGAGAGAAGGACAGGACAGUGAGAAGCUGCUGUCUAUGUGCCGCAGCGAGGGGGGGUCCAUCUCCCUGUCCCUGGGCAUGAAGGCCAAGCGUAGCCCCCCGGCCCCCUGGCUGCUGGUGCACUACCACGGGGGGGGCUUCGUAGCCCAGACCUCCAAGUCCCACGAGCCCUACCUGAAGAGCUGGUCGCAGGACCUGGGCUGCCCCAUCCUGUCUGUGGACUACUCCCUGGCCCCCGAGGCUCCCUUCCCCCGGGCCCUGGAGGAAUGCUUUUAUGCCUACUGCUGGGCUCUCAAGAACCACCACCUCCUGGGCUGGACCGGGGAGAGGGUUUGUCUGGCGGGGGACAGCGCGGGGGGCAACCUGUGUCUGACCACCUCCAUGCGCGUGGCGGCGCACGGAGUCCGCAUGCCGGACGGCAUCAUGGCGGCCUACCCCGCCACCCUGCUCACGGCCUACGCCUCGCCCUCCCGCCUGCUCACCCUCAUGGACCCCCUGCUGCCCCUCAGCGUGCUCUCCAGGUGCCUCAGCGCCUACGCAGGUGUGGAGGCGCAGGCGGAGAAGCAGGUGGAGAAGGUGAGCACCAUGACCCUGGUGAGGAGGGACACGGCGCUGAUGCUCCGAGACUUCAGACAAGGGGCCUCCAACUGGUUCCAGGCCCUGCUGGACCCAAACAGAGUCCCCUCCGCCGCCACAGACGCGGUGAGGAAGAGCGUGUCCGAGGCCACGAUCGGCUCCCCCCACGCUGACCCCCCGGUGGCCCCGGAGCCGGCAGAGUCCUCCAGGAGGGAGUCUCUGAAGAGCCAGACCUGCCAGGACCUCCAGGCCGCCGCCCACAGCCACGCCUCUCCUGCUGCCUGCUGUGCACCUCUGCUGUCCGAGUGCACGCCCGAUGACGUGAGCUUCUUCCUGUCCAAGGACGAGGACGCCUCCCUGUCCAGCGCCCUGUCCUCCGUGGCCACGCCUCCCCCGGUGGCCCGGGAGGGGGAGGAGCCGGAGCACCAGCGGGAGUUCCCCCUGGGCUUCGAGCCGCUGCGCUCCGAGCAGCUGGCUGACAUGAAGAUCGAGAGCACGUCCGUGUUCAAGAACCCCUACUGCUCCCCGCUGCUGGCCCCUGACAGCAUGCUGAGAGGACUGCCCCCCGUGCACUUUGUGGCCUGUGCGUUGGACCCCAUGCUGGACGACUCGGUGAUGAUGGCCAAGAGGCUCCGUAACGUGGGCCAGCCUGUGACCCUGUGUGUGGUGGACGAGCUGCCCCACGGCUUCCUCAGCCUAUCACAGCUCUCCAGGGAGACGCGCGAGGCCGCCAACGUCUGCGUGGGCCGAAUCAGGGAGAUCCUCGACGCCAAGGACACGCCCCCGCCCAGGCACCGCAAGCUGGAACGGACCAAUCGGGGUUCUCCCUCCGUCGCCACGGGAGACCCCGCCCCACUCUUCGCCGUGCCCGUGGAGGAGGCGGGGUUGGCUGUCGGGGGAGGGGCUAAAGUUACUGAAGGGGAGGGGCCGGUGGGAGUGGCUACUCGUAACAAGACGGGCUCGGAGGGGAUAGGGGCGUAGAUGUGGUGGGAAAAUACGAAUGGAGAGGACUGUUGCUGGACGUGGAGAGCGAGCGAUAGAGAGAUGGAGAAAAGACGUUGAAAGUCAGAUUAGGGCAAAGCUUGAGUAGAAAGAAAAGAGUUUAGGAAGACUGAAAGAGAGUAGAGGAAGUUCGCAGUGACUGAGUGGAAGAGGGAGGGGGUGGGGGGGUUCAGCUUCAACACUCAACCACUUCUUACCACUGCACAAACCCCUCCCACCAAACACACACACACGCACCCACACACAGACGCGCACUUACACACACACUAAAUACAGAGGUCAUUUAGCAGCACUUUGAACCAAAGCUAGACCCCUUCGCACACUCCAAACACAACCAUACUGCCUUCGCGGUUGUCUGUUAGUUUGACGCUUGGAUAUAAAGCCACACGUACACAGAUCAAUCUGGAGACAGCUGGCUCAUUCAGAACAGGCGUGAUAGGGCUUUUCAUCUAGGCUCAGAAGGCCAUUUGAAGUUUCUAAUCAGAUAGGGAGAGACGCUGCAAAAGCCUUUUGUUGAGCUGUUACUUCGAAAUGGACACUUGUCCUUAAAGAAGCUGCUUUAGAUCAACCCUAAUGGCUUUGUGCCGUGAAGUCUAUCACUCUGUCAAUAUGGACCACUUUAGGAAAGCUAACUCGGUUUGCACCUCAAAUUGGAUGCCGGUUCUAAAGCAACAAACAUCCGAAACGUGACUGUCGGAAGGGUUUGUUUAGCUCUUGCGGAUUUUAAUCGCAACCAUAUCUUUUAUGAAAGUAUGUAAGUCUGUGAAGAUUUGUAUUUAUUUACGUCACUAGAUGUACUUGUGUUUUAUUCAUUAACAAUGUAUCCAUAGUAUGUGUCACGUUAUCCGUUUUGAGAUGUUGUUCUUAGGCUAGCGUUGCCAUAGGUUUUUAAUGCAAUGAGGUGGGAGUUAUUUAGGCAUCCAUGUGUCUGCACUGCUGGUGAGGUGUUUUGUACGUAAUCUAGAAUGAUAUUAAAUGAUAAAAUAUAUAUAAUACAUAUUACUGCAAAGUGUAGUUUUGGCAAAUCACGUAACACAGCUUUGCCUAGUGUAGCUUUUAGACUCUCCAUAAACCUUUGAUUUGCAGGUUAGGGUGAUUAAGCCUAACAGGCCUGUAGUUGACCAGACUGACCAUUACGACCCACCAGACCAGACCUGAGGUGUUCGCUCCUCCCAUGCCAGCGUGCCGCACGUCACAUGGCUCCACCCUGAGCAUAGUGGGACUUCCUGCUUCACAACCUACUUUUGCAGGGUUUCUCCUGUACCCCUCCUCCCCUCCCGAAUGCGUCCCUCCUCCCACACACCCAGUCUGUUCCCAGCAGGAGAAUCCAGAUCAAGUGGGAUGGUGAAACAUCGCCCACUAAGAUGAUGUUCUGUUUACCAGAUCCUGGUGCCCAGGGCACAGUCGACGCCAGGCACUGAAGUCAGAUGCGUCCAAUAGUCACCCGAGGGUUCCUUGCGCGUCAGCUGUAAAUGCACGUCUGCCAAACUAGACUCUUCACUGUGUUUCCAUGCCAGGCCAUCGGGACGCUGUCGCUGGUUUAGAUUGUGAGGGACUUCUAUCGUGUGGAGUUCAAAAGCUAUUUGGAGUGACCGGUAAAUAGUCAUUUCGAUUGGCUGUCCUCUUUCAACCCUUUGCUAUAAAUAGAUCCGUUAGAAACACCUAGCAUCCUUCACCCUCCUCUGGUGGUUAUCUGCUGCGUGAUGAAUAACAUUUAGCAGGAAUUGGAUAAAAUAAUCCUCGCUCUAGGGUGUUCACCAGAAAGUCUCGCUGAAGGAUUGUCAUUGCCAGCUCUGUCUGCUUGGAAUGCUUACGGCAGAAUUUUUGCGGAGGGAUGACACAGAGGAGAGUAGUCAGGAACAGCAAAGUCAUCUCCUUUUAUUCCCUCAUGAAAUGUUCUGGUUGUGUUUACUGGUGGCUGUUACUUCUGUUUGUGUUACCUCAGCACUUCCUGUCUGACUGUGUGUAGUUGUGUGUGUCUGUUGUCUGUUUGUGUGUGUUACUCAGUCAGAAUCUUGUUGUUGCUAAUUUUGCCUCUGGGAGUGCCUGUGAAGCGCAGUCCGCGUGUGUGUGUGUUUGUGUGUUUACGUGAUCAUGUUAAUGACUGUUGUGUGUUUCUGUGUGUGUGUGUGUGUGUGUGUGUGACACCUAUGCUGUGGAGAAACGUGAGCUCCAAGGUGUGUUUGUAAGUGUGUUGCCGAUAGCAAGAUAGGGGCUGUUGUGUUUUCGAAACAAAACACCAACCACUAUUAGAAGUCAUCCAGCCCUAUGAAGUUGCUUUCAUGGGCUAUCUGGUUCUCAUGUUUGAUGGAUUAGCUCAGUGCCUUUCCCAGUAUCGAGUACCCUCGACGCUAACUAGGCAAUACUGCACUACCCUUAGCUUCAUGAGUCAUUAUCACCCCCCUGUGGCAGUGGGUAUGUACAGUAGCCCUGUUGCAUCCCAACCUGUUGGUGGGUAAAAAUUGCAACUGAAGACACGUUCAUAGUUUCUUCCUGGUUUCCUGAGACCAAUCGUGUGACAUCCCCCCCCCCCCCUUCCUUCCAAGCUCCCUGUCCUUGAUAACCAGUCAUGGGGGAGAGAAGGAGAGCAGGAAGUGAUAUGGAUGAGAGGAGAUGAUUGGACGAGAGGGAGGUCUAGUGUGGAGUCUUUGCCUGUUUAAAUGUUUCCCCCAUCUGCCUCCAUGUUCUUCGAUGUUUCAUGCAUGAGUCUUUUAACGUGUGCGCGCGCCCGCUACAGAACGACUGCGCAGACGUUUUUGUUUGCAUAAAUCACACGGCCUGGUAGGAAUGGAAAAUAUCUUCAGAUGUACUUUUAAUCAUGUGAUGUUGCUCGUGCGUGGAACUUGCAGGGUGUACACAGCAUACCUUAACCUCCUCAGAGAUAAGCUUUCCUCACUAAGAACUACCUGAGAACGUAAAACGAGUGCAACGUGAAAAGCAUCUGGAAAACAUAUCAGCAAACAACAGAAGAAGCAUAGUUCAGAGACCUGCACUGUCAUAAGCACACCUAUGCAAUAGGAACACACCUGCAUGCUCUCAGUGACUGCCCUGUGUUGUCUUAAAAAAAUAUAUCUAAAGAAUAUUAUUUUACAUUUUGACAGUGAGGUUUAACAGGGUUAUGGCUGCGGUUUAUAUACAUGGGUGUAUGAGUUUAUUUUGUUUUCUAAUCGACACCAUUUGCGAAAAUCUGAUCGACAUCAAAUAUCAGAAUCAUUUUACUCGACCGACUGUGGCUGUUUCAGUGUUGCGUGAAGACAUUAUUCUCCCUUCUAGUGUCCCACUUAGAUAACACCUCUUGUGGGAUCAAGUGUACACUAGAUUAAGGCCACUAGCACAACCAAAGACUUCGCCUAGUUUUUGAAGAGUCAUUUUGACCCGCUGUCCUUGCCAUAUUUGUGUUAUAUACCGCUGACGUCUGAACCAAUAUUGGCGUAUUGUCAGUCGUGCGUGAACGCCAGACGGGUUCUGCACGUCUGCACUAAUAGCAAGCAGCAAUGAUCAUAUGGAGGAGAAUCAUAACACCUGUAUAAGCCAUAGAAAGACUGGAAGCCACGCAGUUUACUUGAUUUGUAUGGCCAUUUAUCUUAAACACCACAAGUGCAAACCUGUGAAUAAUAAUGAAUGUAUAUUAAAUGACCUGUAUCGUUUUUUUUAUGCCUUUAUUUUGCAGGAUUGGCUGAAUGUUGUGUCAGAUACCUAAAGUAUAUUGGAGUAUACUAUUGGAAACUAUAUUAUUUUCCCUGUUUAUUUGGUAUUGAAAUAAAUAAAUUAUCCAAACAA